UUCCUUUAGAUUAGCCUACCACAAAUAUCUAUUUAAUUUACAGCAUUAUUGAUUGCUUAACAGAAGAUUUUAUUUAUCUUAUUUCUUUAGUAACCACUAGUUUUGCGGUGAAACCUUCCUGCAUAUUUUACUGCCUCUUUGGUUACACAAACAAUGAUUCAUAAAUAAAUGUUUAACUCCACUAGAGUUAAUGCGGUAUUUGCACAUGGAUUAUAAUGUAUUGUUUGAGAAAUUUAAUACAUAGCUCAACUGUGCUCUGGGUAUCAGUUUGAAAUUGGAUGCUGCAGGACCUGUUGUAGUCACUACCUUAAAAUCUCAACAGAUAGGAAGCAUUAUUUGCAUUUUCAACUCUCUAUUGGAGCAUGAUCUGGAAUUAAAGCUCCUGUAAAUCUGUCUGAUGUGCCUGUCUAUGCCUCCUCAAAGCUCACCCUGGAGAAGAACGGAAAAAAAACCCACAAGAACAACUCAUGACCAUGGUUCUUGCUCAAGGAAGACUGGACCUCAAAUGCUCCUUUGAAAGUCCCUGCACAAUGGUGCCAGUGUCUUAAGAAAACCCUUUAUCUGCAGUUGUUUUGGAGCUUACAUUAAUGAAAGGGCAGACAAAUGGGCAUCAUAUGAAACCCAGGAUUGACAUGGGAGACUUUGAUAAGAUCUGGCGUGAGCACUGUGAGGAUGAAGAAACUCUGUGUGAAUAUGCUGUGGCAAUGAAAAACCUUGCAGAUAAUCACUGGGCAAAAACUUGUGAAGGGGAAGGCCGAAUUGAAUGGUGUUGCAGUGUAUGCCGAGAAUAUUUUCAGAACGGUGGGAAAAGAAAAGCACUUGAGAAAGAUGAAAAAAGAGCACUGCUUGCUUCUAAGACCACUCCAGUUUUAAAUGUUCCCCAGGCUCCCAAGACUGAAGAUCCCUUGCCAAACUUUGGCUUGACAAAUCAUGAAGCUAUAACAGAAGAAUUGCUCCACUCCUUGGGGAAGAUCAGAUUACUUGAUGUUGGUAGCUGCUUUAAUCCAUUUCUGAAGUUUGAAGAAUUUCUGACAGUUGGCAUAGAUAUUGUUCCAGCUGUUGAGAGCGUAUACAAAUGUGACUUCUUAAAUCUUCAAAUUCAGCAACCUCUCCAACUGGCACAAGAUGCUAUAGAUGCCUUUCUGAAGCAACUGAAAAAUCCCAUUGAUUCUCUACCUGGAGAACUGUUCCAUGUCGUUGUUUUCUCGCUCCUCCUUUCUUACUUUCCAUCACCCUAUCAACGAUGGAUAUGCUGCAAGAAGGCACAUGAACUUCUCGUAUUAAAUGGCUUAUUGCUUGUAAUAACUCCUGAUUCAUCUCAUCAGAAUCGCCGGGCUAUGAUGAUGAAAAGCUGGAAAAUUGCCAUAGAGUCCUUGGGUUUUAAACGCUUCAAGUAUUCCAAGUUUUCUCACAUGCACCUGAUGGCAUUUAGGAAAACUUCCCUGCAAACAACAAGUGACUUGGUUAGCAGGAACUACCCGGGAAUGUUGUAUAUCCCACAGGAUUUCAACAGCAUAGAGGAUGAGGAGUAUUCCAACACUUCCUGCUAUGUUCGAUCGGAUACAGAAGAUGAACAGCUAGCUUACGGUUUUAUGGAGCUACCUGAUGCUCCUUACGACUCGGACUCUGGAGAAAGCCAGUCUAGUUCAAUUCCUUUCUAUGAGCUAGAAGAUCCUAUAUUGCUUCUAAGUUAAUGUAGUCGCUGAAAUGCCCUUUCAGUCAAACCUCUUCCUUAACUAAUUUUGCUAUACUAACAUGGGCUCAACACACAAAAACGGUUUGCAUAAAGCAAAUGCAGAAGUUUACAAGAGUUUGCUAUUUUUUUCUACUUCUGAAUUUUAAAAUUUAUUCUUGUAUGAAAGCGGAAAAAAUACAAGUUUUAUGCAAAUGACUCACGUCAUAGCAUAAAUUGCUGUUACUUCCUUUAGAUUUGUAUCACUAAUUUUUUUUCCAGAAAGGUACCAUUCUUUUCUUUAGUGCUGUGAAGUGUGAAUUCUAUUUAAUUUGCAAAGUGUUGUUUCUAUGUUUUAACUCAGUGUGGUUGAGCUUAAGGCACUGGGAGUUGGUGGGCUUCUGAGAAGUAUAUGUAGGAAGAAAUAAUUUGCACUUUAAUUAAAUGUGCAGAUCGGUUAAGACACUUGGUUACACAUGUCCCUUCUUAAUUAUGGAACAAAACUUUUUUCCAAAAUUUGUUUCACUCUGGUUAAGCCUGAACUGGAGAAAGUAUAAUGCUCGCACAUUUGAUUUUCUUUAUUGCAGCCCUCUUGAGAUUACACCAAAUCGAGAUAACACCAAAACACUGGAAUAUAUUAAUCCAUAGUUAUAUAUUCUGUGUAAUUUCAUUGCAUAAAUAGUAGUUAGACAUGAGAUUUCUGAAGAGGUCUGUCCCGUGUGUCCGUCCCCCCCCUUCCAGAAGUAUGGUACGUGUGGACAAUUAUGUUUCACUUCAAAGCUGGAACAUGGCUUUGCAAUUGUAUGUGAGUACAAGCACUAACAUAUAUCAGUAUUUCCCCAAUGAUGGUGUUCUGUAUUCUCUUCAAACUGUGUUUAUUGGGGGACAGGGUGGGUUUUGUCAUGUUUUAAAGUAAAUUAUUUAUGCAUUUUAAAAACAAACAACUUUUUCUUUAAUUGUCCUUACUUGUAGACCUCCCAAGUUAUACGGUAACUAGAUAGACUUUGUAAAAAGGAAUAUAAUUUUACAAGUUUUUCAAGGAUACAAAUACUUGCGCAAAAACGUGUUCAGACCACACAAGUGAAGUUAACAUACACUAUUUGUUUGCUUAUUUGGACUCAAAGAUCUUCUGUGUAGUUAAAUACAAAUUCCAUAGCUGUCUGAAAAGUGGUCUGUGGUGUAAGGAGAUGGAACAGAAGUGUUUUAAAUCCAUUAAGUUGGUUUUUUUUAACUUACAUAAUAAAUGCGUGAGUUUCUGCAGGAAAAAACAAUUCUGUUCAGUGGUUAAAAGUAGAGGAUUCAGUAUUAUUUUUUCUUAGAUUUCCCUCCAUUUAAAAAUAAUGGCCAGAAUUUUCAGAUUUGAAUGUUGGGCUGCUAAAUCGUUCUGUAAGUGCCUAAUAAUAAAUUAUUUGAACAAGGUGCCACAUCAUGGUUUUAAGACUGACUUCAGCAACAUGGUAGAAAAUACUAAUGUAUAGUUUCACAGGUGGUUGUGAUAAAAUAUACCUUACACCAUAUUGACCUACCAUAUAAUAGAGAAGUUUCCAGAUAAACUGAAGUUGUAGUGUGGAUUUUACAGUGGUUGCUACAAAAAUGAAAUUUUCCCUUUCCAUUGAAAUUUUGCACUGAAAGUGUCACAGUUUGACCUGCCUGGUUUUCUUUUAUACUGUUUCCUACAAAGAGUCAUCCUGCAUUGGUCCUGCUUACACUCAAACAUGAACUGGACUGCAAUACUUUAUUCUUUAAUGUAAGCUUUUUGUGCCUCGAUUACUUAAAUUUAAAGCAUUCCCUAAUACCGGAUUCAAAUCUGUUAUUUAAUCUUAAUGAUAUGGUUAUAUACAAACCAAGCAAUUAUAUUCUGAUGUGUAAAGAAAGAAAAAAAGAAAAUUAAGUUUAGGCAUACAGUAUCAUGGUUGACUUUUAAAUUUUUGUUUUUUUACAAAGAAUACUUCUGUAAUGAAAUACACCAUGCUUUCAAAUUGGCUAUAAGUCAGUAUUUGCAUUUAAUGAUUUACCACUUCACUUCCACUAAAAUGUUUGUCAUUCCAAGCCUUUCUUCUUCCCAGUUAACCACUGACUCCGGCAGUCCUCAUGUUAAUGCUAAAAUAUUGGUGCUAUAAAUUCAGCUGUUUAUGGAAAUUUAAUCUGUGCAUACUUAAAAGUGUACCUAACAUUUUAACUGAUACUCCUUUUAAAAAAUUUUUUUUAUACAGACUAACAUAGAUGUUGGCAUUGGUUAAUGUAAAUUGGUUUGUGAUUCAUACAGAAAGGCAAUUCAGACCAAGAUUUAUCCCACGCAAAGUACUUAAUAUUUUAACAUUUAAAAUUUAAGCCUUUUUGGCGGGUUGGUGACACCAUUAUAUUUGUGGUUUAGGGACCUGAUCCUAACAGCUUGGUUUUCUUGCUGCUCGUUCUAAAUACCUGAAGUGUUGUUUUGGGGUUUUUUUUAGUUUUUGUUCUGUUUUGGGGGUUUUGUUUUGUUUGUUUACAAGGGACAGUAGGUUGUGGUGGAGGAGGAAAGUGGGAUUUACAUAAAUAUUUAUACCUCCCUGAACAAUAAAGUGGUGAUAUCAGUUGUUGGAUACUUGGCUUUGGUGCGAGAAGAAUGUUCUAGGUUAUGAAAUAUUGGAAAAUUAUGACUGUGCAAGAGGUCUCUUUUCUUAAGGUGCUGGAGAGGAGAAGGAAA